GACACUUAUAUGUGCUUAGUGUGUUCAUACAGCAAGAUGAAUUUUGUUCUGCAUACAAUGACCCCAAAAUGCUGGAGUCUCAAAAGUACAUAAGAAUGGUGGACGUUGUGCAGUAUCUAUAGGUCAAGAAAAGAAAAAUGUUUGAAAAAAUCAAUUUUAGAUGGCUGGUAGUAACUUCAACCAUGAAUGUGUUCAAAAAAGCUGUUUUAUACAACUGUUAUCUGUGAUCCAGUUUUAUAUUUUUUAUAAUUAUAUGUUGAUGCCAUCCAUGGUAAUGGUGGUAGCUUUACGUUAUCGAUCUUUCUUUCUGGGAAUUGUACUUACUUCUUUCGUCUGGGCUGUGAUAGUUUAUUUAUAUUCUGAUCUUGGACAAAGUGAAAGGCCAAAAAUUUCAUUGUCAAGGCAACAAUUUAAAAAGAGGUUGAAGCCUCGUUAUGAAAAUCUCAUGUUUGAGAACCACCAUGAUAAAAUCAACCUUUCAAGUGAAGAAAGGCAUUCUCAAAAAAACAAAGACUUGCAGAUAGUAGGUAUGAUUGGUAGUGUUGGUAGCUUGAAAUCAGGAGACUUGCUGCAGCUUGGUGUUGUCAGGAAUUGGGAAGAUCAGCAGGUUAAAGAAGAAGGCCAUCGUCAUCAUGCUUUCAAUCUUCUCAUCAGUAAUCGUCUUGGUUACCACAGGGAUGUACCAGAUACAAGGCAUUUUUUAUGUAAAUCCAAGCGAUAUUCAUCAACUCUUCCUUCUGCUAGUGUUAUAAUAUGUUUUUACAAUGAGGCAUUGUCUACACUACUACGUACAGUCCACAGUGUACUUGAUAGGUCUCCACCAGAUCUUCUUCAUGAAGUUAUCCUUCUCGAUGAUAACAGUAGUGAUA